AUAUAUAAAUAAUUCACACAUGCAUAUACGCCUUAAGGUUAGUUGGAAGUGGAAGAGUCAGCGUUCAGCCAUUGCAAAUUGCAACUCUGUUCCAAAGACGCGUUGUGCGCGAAUGAUUUAUUCCACUUAAUUAUUUAAUUAAUAGAAUUAUUAUUUUUUCGUUUGAUAUCGUUAGAACCAUCUAACAAAACAGUGAUAAUCAUGAGCGAUCGACCAAGUAAUGGUGAAUUUAAGUAUAAAAGAGAAGAAAAUUCUGAUUCGGAGGCAAAAACAUCGUCGGAAAAGGAACGUGAUGAAAAGAAGUAUCAAGUUGACAAAGCCGGAGAAUAUGUUCGAGAACUUUUACAAGAAAAAGUUGAAUUGGAUUCGCAAAAAUGGCCUAAUGCAACAAGACUAAUUGAUCAAGAAAUUCAGAAAACUCAAGCUAUUGGCAAACCAGUAAGAGAUCCGAAAUAUGUGGAUAUUUAUCGUGAAAAACCAAUUCGAGUUUCGGUUAAAGUAUUGGUGCCUGUUCGAGAACAUCCAAAGUUUAAUUUUGUUGGAAAAUUAUUGGGACCGAAAGGUAAUUCUAUGAAACGUUUACAAGAAGAAACAAUGUGUAAAAUGGCAGUAUUAGGAAGAGGAUCCAUGAAAGAUCGUCAAAAAGAAGAAGAAUAUCGUAUGUCUCUGGAUCCGAAAUAUGCUCAUCUUUCGGAUGAUUUACAUGUUGAAAUAACAGCGCUUGCACCUCCGGCAGAAGCUUAUGCUCGUAUUGCAUUUGCGUUAGCCGAAGUUCGGAAAUAUUUGAUCCCAGAUAAUAAUGACAAUAUACGUCAAGAACAAAUGCGCGAAAUGGAAAUGAGUAUGGCAGAUGAUCCAACGAGUAAUGACGAUAGAAGACCUUCUGUCAGAGGUGUACCAGGUGCUGGUGGAAUAUUAAGACCAUCCGCAAGGCCAACAAUGCAACGAUCUUCGCGAGCGGCAAUACUUCCACCGCCUUCUAGUCGGGGACCAAUUACACGUCCUGUAUCAGCAAAAAGUAAAGUUUUUUCUAUUUUAGAUCGUGCAAGAGUCGCCAUGGAUCAGAGUUAUGGCUAUGAAACUGCUACUCCACCUCCAAGUAAUCGUGUUGGAACUCAUCAUGAUUAUGAUUACCACACAUCAACAAGCAGUAGUAGCCGAUAUGGAGACCGACAUUAUACAUCAACAUCAGGAGAUGAUAUGUAUCCUUCCUCGAGGUACGCAACUUACGAAUACGAAGAUGAUACUGUGCCACACUCUUCUCACAAUUACUAUGAAACAUCAGAAUAUCCAGAGGAAUCAUCGAGCCGCGCAUGGAAAUCGUACAAGACGACAACGACAUCGGGCUCAAGCUCGCGCUACCGCAACGCCCCGUAUUCACGACCUUCCAAGUAAAAAUCCACAUAAAAAAAAAUCAUCCAAAUAUUUUCUUAAUUUUUAUCACAUCCAAACAAUUCCUGCAUUAUAAAGCGAAACAACGAUCUUUCCUUUUUCUAACUUUAUUGUUUUUCAUAGUCCUAAACUGUUGACAUAUAAUUUUCGUAACAAAUAAUGACUUAUGAUGCCAGAGAUGUCAAAACCUAUAUAAAAAAAAACUAAAAUCAUUUUUUAAAUGAAAUCAGACGCAAGAAGUGAUUGAGGUAAAUGAUAUUAUGAUUUUUUAUCAUAUAGUAAUGAUAAAACAGAACAGAUAUAACGUAACUGCCAUUACAAAUUCGAUUCCUCGAAGUUUUGCUUAAAAGAAAACUUCCGAUUGACCGGUAUUUUUUUUUUUUUGGAAUGAGAUUCUCGUUAUCCUCAAUGAAAGAUACUUUGACGCUUGCAGAUUUUUUGCUUGUUCUUUUUAUUCCAUUGUAUAUAAUUUUCUGAGUCAAUGGUGUAAAGAAGCUAAUGUAAUUUUUAAUCAAUUACUUGUAGCUAUUGAAUAAACACCAAGAUAUGUAAUGAAAACUUUAAUCAAAGCGUUUCCGCGAUUUCGAUAGAGUUUAUAUCUCGAAUGUUCGCAUGUAAUAUUAACCUCGUUAUAGAAAUUCUGAAUUGAUUUACAUCGUAAUCUUUGUUUUUUUAUGAAAGUAUUAGAAAAAGAGAUAAAAACAUACGUUCCUUCAAAUCCUUUCCCCUCCUGAAAAAAAAAUGUCACGUCAGAGUGGAAGGCUAGAGGACCAAGAGGAUCAGUGGAACGAGACAAGUAAAAUUCUUAAAUAAAAA